CAAAUUGCACAACGGUCCACUGGGUUGCUUUUAAUUGUCUUGAUUAUCCGCCAAGCUUGUCUCUUCAAGAUUCUCCUAAGUUUCGGGGUCGAUAAGGCAUCGGCUCAAGAGACCAAUGUGACUUGUCCCCAUAGCUUUCAGUGGGCUUUCAACUCCCAAGGAAAAUCUCCUUGCAAAGUAGGCUCGGAACUUAUUGCAGUGGGUGUUGGAGGAAGAUGGUUCGUUCCAACGCUCCCUCCGGGAUGGGUAUACGUUGUGCCGAAUAGUUCGGAGGGUUACUUCCCAAACGCUUGCCUGUGUUCCUCCGUGGUAUACCAGCUGAUGGCGGCAUGUGGAGCAUGUCAGAACCUCUCAUACACGUGGUAUCCCCUCUGGGACCGUUAUUGCGCUAGCAUUGCGAUUGCCGAGGGUGAAUACCGACCAUCGCUGAUACCCGCCGGAACCCUUAUACCUCAAUGGGCCUACAUCAAGCCCUCCGACUUUGAUGGAUUCUUCAACUUGGAUGCGGCGAAGACAAUUGGUGUGUUUUCACUCAGUAGCACCGCAUCAAGCACGUCCAGCACAAGCAAUACAUUAACUUCCAUUACCAUAACCUCCACAACUUCCACAGCUUCCAAUAGUGCACAUGGGGGCAGAGGCUCGAACACCGGUGCGAUUGUAGGAGGCGUAGUUGGAGGUGUGAUUUCCCUUGCCCUGGUUGCAGUUGUUGCGAUAUGGAUCUUCAAAAAGAUGAGUUCAGACGGAGGUCCUGCCGUACACUCGCAGGGUCGUUCUGUGUUACCCGCGGUAAUGGAGAACACCCACGGACAUGCUCCUCUGUCGCCUGGAUCGCCGGUUCCACGACAUUCGGCCCAAGGGCGUGAUGCUUGACACGCGGCUUCGUCACCCUCCUCGCGGUU